GUUGCUCAUCUGUGUCCUGCUGGUCAUUACUGUGAUGGUCUGCCUGGUGGCGACUUUGUUGGAGGGACUGGUGCCAGGCCAUGCCCUCUCUACACUUAUCGAGCUUCUCCUGGAGCACACAGCAAGGGUGACUGCCUGCCAUGCCCACCUGGUUCACACUGUAACAGCACAGGGCUGACAGACUACUCCAAAUAUCCCUGCCCACCUGGCUUCUGGUGUAGUGGGACUGGGCCUCCCAUCCUCUGCCCCGCAGGCACCAUGAGGCAGCUUCCGGGAGCUGCUGCACCCAGCCAGUGUGAACUCUGUGCAGGGGGAACCUUCUGCCCACACCCCCAAGAUACAGGAAAACCCAACGUUGAAGGGAUACCCUGUCGGGCUUCCUAUCAGUGUCCUGUUGGUGCGGUUUCAGAGAGGCCAUGCAGAGCUGGAUCGUACUGUGGACCCCAAACUGCUGAGCCUGAAGCCUGUCCAGAAGGUUAUUUUUGCCCUGAAGGAUCUCAUUCCUACAACAGCCCCAAACAACUCUGUCCAUUUCCAUACUAUUGCCCAGCCAACAGCUCUUCCAUGAAGUCCUGCGAAGGCGGCUCUAUGCCUGCCAACACUAGUGGGCUCAGAGGGUCCAAAAACAGCUGCUGUAUUGUGUGUGAGGGGGGCACCUAUCGUCCAUCUCUAGCCUCCAUUCUGCAAUGCCUUCCUUGUCCACCAGGAUACUUCUGCCCCCCAGGUGCAGACAACUACAAGAAAAACCCUUGCCCUCUUGGCUAUGUUUGCCCUUUGGGAUCCACUCAGCCGAUAUCCUGCCCACCUGGCUCAUUCGGGAACCUCACUCGUGCUGAGAAAAUGGAUGACUGUCGCCUGUGUCUGGAAAACACCUUCAACCACCUGCCUGCCCAGAAGGCCUGCUUCCCCUGUGGUAGCUCCUCCACCUCACAAGCUGGUUCUUUUUCCUGUACCUGCAUUGGCAAGAACCGUGCUUUUCAGUAUUCAGAUGGUUCAUGUUUGUGCAGAACUGGCUUUAUCUUCUAUAACGAGCUGGAUUUUAAAAUAUCUACUGCCGAUAGUGAAUUGGACUGUCAGCCUGAGACUCACCUGCAAAACAGCAUUCAUGUGUCUAACGUUGAAAAGAGCUUUUCAUGA